AAGAGGCAUAAACCUUUGCAGCGGACUUCGAAGGAAUAGCUGCAAUAGUACGAGGUGGCACCCGCGAAUUGCAGGUCCCGUUCAGCGAACUGUAGUUCUCUCUGCAAUAAUGCACAGACUAAAGAUAGUUUUUGGACACUUGUCUCAACCAAACAGAUGUAGGUCGCACAGCGAUACAUGUGUAAGUACUUCUGAAUGUAGUGCGUUGUCAGUGGCUGGUUCGGAUGAUAUUGUUGUGGUCCAUGGUCUAAGAACCGCCAUCGGGAAAGCUAAAAGAGGAUCGUUUAAGGACACCACCCCCGAUGAGCUGCUGAGUGCCGUGAUGUCAGCAGUGCUGAAGGAAGUCGGGCUGCAGCCAGACAAACUGGGGGAUGUCUGUGUGGGUAAUGUUCUGCAGCCUGGAGCCGGAGCUCUCAUGGCCAGAGUGGCGCAGUUUCUCAGUGGGUUCCCAGAGUCUGUUCCUGUCUACACAGUCAACAGACAGUGCUCUUCAGGCCUUCAGGCCCUUUUCAACAUUGCAGGUGGCAUCAGGAGCGGGGCCUAUGACUUGGGUCUUGCGUGUGGGGUGGAGAGCAUGACCCUGCGCUCUGCGGGGAACCCCGGGGACAUCAGCUCCAGGCUCAUGGAUAACGAGAAGGCUCGUGACUGCAUCAUCCCCAUGGGCAUCACCUCAGAGAAUGUGGCUGAGAGAUUCGGAAUCUCCAGGGAGAAGCAGGAUGCCUUCGCUCUCAGCUCUCAGCAUAAAGCUGCCAGGGCCAUGCAGUCGGGCCUGUUCGAGCAAGAGAUUGCUCCGGUCACCACCAAGUUUGUAGAGGAGGACGGUACGGAGCGCCGCGUCACGGUCACCAAGGACGACGGAAUCCGGCCUGGCACCACGCUGGAGGGCCUGGCUAAGCUCAGGCCAGCCUUUAAGCCUGACGGCAGCACCACAGCAGGUAACGCCAGCCAGGUGAGUGAUGGGGCAGCGGCUGUGCUGGUGGGGCGGCGGUCCACGGUGGAGGCGCUGGGUCUGCCGGUGCUUGGGGUCCUGAGGGCGAGCGCAGUGGUGGGCGUGCCCCCGGACGUGAUGGGCAUUGGGCCGGCCUACGCCAUCCCCGCGGCUCUGCAGCAGGCGGGGCUCACCGUGGACGACAUUGAUGUGUUUGAAAUUAAUGAGGCCUUCGCUAGUCAGGCUGUCUACUGUGUGGAGAAGCUGGGCAUACCGUUGGAAAAAGUCAAUCCCAACGGAGGAGCGAUCGCCCUUGGGCACCCUCUGGGCUGUACUGGGGCCCGCCAGGUUGUUACCCUCCUCAACGAGCUCAAACGCAGGGGCAGGCGGGCCUAUGGUGUGGUAUCCAUGUGCAUUGGAACAGGGAUGGGAGCUGCUGCAGUCUUUGAACAUCCUGGAAAGUAGUAAUGGUUUAAAAUGGUU